CCCCAGCUCUGAGUCUCGCGCUCUGCUGCUGCAGUCACAGUGUUUGUGAGUAAACGCGUGAGGUCUAGCCUCUGGAUUAUGCCAGAGGUUCCGUCCGGAGCUGCAGAGAUGUCCCGGAAAAGAGUCGCUGAGCCAGGGCCCUUAACAGAGAACGUCCCGGAGAGGAAGAAGGCCUGCUGGGGCAUCCUGACUAGCCAAGGGUCCUGGGCAGAUCGCUCCCCUCUCCACGAAGCAGCUUCUCAGGGUCGACUGCUUGCUCUCCGGACUCUGCUGGCCCAGGGAUAUCAUGCCGACAUUGUCACCAUCGAUCAUGUGACUCCUCUCCAUGAAGCCUGUCUUUCAGGAAAUGUAGCGUGUGUCCGAGCAUUAAUAAAUGCUAACGCUAAUGUAAAUGCUGCGACCAUAGAUGGGGUCACACCUCUCUACAACUGCUGUGCCUCAGGGAGUGUUGGUUGUAUGGAACUACUGCUGCAGAAUGGAGCGCACACACAGACACCACACACACAUUUCCCCUCUGCUCUGCAUGAAGCCUGCAAGAGAGGUAACACCAAGUGUGUAGAGUCCCUGCUGUCUCACGGAGCAGAUCCAGACUCUGAAAGGUCCCACCUGGGCUCCCCUCUCUACGUCAGCUGUCUACACGGACACACAGCCUGCUCGAAGAUUCUGCUGCAGAGCGGAGCCAAUGUUAAUCUAGGCCAAGGAGGGGACAGUCCUCUGCAUGCCACUGUCAGACAGGACACUGCAGAUCAGGUGUCCCUGUUGCUGGACUAUGGAGCUGAUGUGAACAUCAGAGACAGUAACCAUCAGCGGCCUGUGGAGGUAGCACCUACUGGUGGAAAAACACAACAACUGCUGCUGAAAUUUGAAGGUGCUCCGAGGAGUCUCUGCCAGUUGUGUCGUCUUCAGAUCAGGAAUCUGAUAGGACGAUCCAGACUGAAGCUGCUCCCCCUCCUCCCUCUCCCUCCCCUGCUCACUCACUAUAUGGAGUAUACAUAGGAUGACGGGCACACAUGCAUCAUGACAGCGAGGAUCCACCACAAUACACACUUUGUUUAUUUUACACUUCUAAUUUAGAGGUGCCAGCAAAGCUCUUUAUUAACCACAUUUUAUCUUACCACAUCACAAUGUUUUUGAACUUUAUGAUGGGUUACUAUAACGUCUGGUUAUAACUUCACUGACCUUCCAGUACUCUUACAGCAGUGAGGAUGCUCACACGUUUGGUCUGUUAGUUGACAGAUUAGUCCUGCUUAGUCUUCUGGGGGUCCUGGCAGUGUAUUUCUGGAGCCUUUUCGUCUAAGGAUUGGUAACAUGCUAAAUAACCUGACACCCACAUCAUGAUCCAACUCUCUCCAUGCCAUCUCCAGAUUGUGUUGAAAUUGGCCAGAACAUGUAGACUACACUCUACAUUGCUUUAUUUAUGUUUUUUAUCAUUCUCGUUAUAUUUCAAAUUGCCAUAUCCUGCGUGCCCCUAUCUUCCCUCAGUGGUAAUCAUUAAAUCUGUAAAUGAUAAACACUACAAAAGCAUGACGUGUGUGCUGCAACAAUGAGCCUCAGCCCUCAAAGUGUGUGACCCGGACGUAAGCUGUAGUUUGAUAAACCUGACACACCUCUUGUUUGUCUUUACACACCCAGUCAGUUUAAAUAUCUGCGAGACAAACGACGAGGACACAAUAUGAAUAUUUUACAUUCGGAAGUUAAGAGAUAUACUGAAAAUAUUACAGAAUAAUUGAUAUAUCAGGACACAUUCUUGCUAACGUUAGUUAUUGCUGCCACAGGCGGGUGGGCAGAAGUGAGUUGCGGUGGGCUGAACACUGGAGCCGUGUCAGCAUCAGAGAAGUGUCAGGAAGGAGACGGGGAUUAAACCAGAAGAGGAAGCAGUCCGACAGGAGGAAUACAACGUAUUAUUUAGCUGAAAGUCACGGCAUGUUGUCGAUGUAGUGCCAGCCGUGUUCAAAUUUACAACCUAAGCAGAGAUCUAAAGCUAGUCCUUAGCUGCCAGCCGGUUAGCCUCUGCUAGCAGCGGCAGCUAAUCUAGUUUAGCUGUUGGCUCCAACAUGAGGCUGAAAGUAGGCUUUAUUCUGCGUAGUCUGCUUGUUAUUGGGACCUUCCUUGGUUUGGUGGUGCUCUGGUCUUCCAUGUCACCGAAAAGCAACGACGAAAACCCUUUUGGAAAACGGGUGAGUUGACAACAGCAAGCCAGUUAACCUUAACUGUCUAAGAGGGAACUGCACGUUACACUCAGUGCUAGCAUUGCACCAACCCAAAGCCUCAACGAAAAGUAACCAUGCAGAGUUUGGUAAAGGAUGACGACUGAUAGUGACAGAGGGCACAUAACUUGUAGAACACGCUUUCAUUCAGAUGUUAGGCUAGCUACUAACGUACACUGGUUGUCAUGGAGAUAUGUUCUUGCUAGCUAACCAAAGCUUUCUCAAUAUGUAUGCAUGUAGUGAACUGGUAAAUGUUAAUAAAACAUCACAGCUCUAUA